UGGCUUCUUCAACAAUUUCGUUACUCGCUGUCCUCCAUUUGCUCCAUUUUGCGUUAAGAUCGUUAAAAUUGUUGGCGAACGGCUGUAAACGGUCGGGAGUCUCGGAGGCUGACAGUCAACGCUUCCGAUGGUUUCCUUUGACAGAGUAACGUCGGGUACGGUGGAGGUUGGUUCGGAAUAAAGGAUACUGGCAAAUCAACGACAAAGGUGGGAAAGAUUCAUCGUGACUUGUGCAACUGAAAGGACUCUCUCACGCGUUUCAUGGGAGACUCUAAUUCCGAUGUGUUGGAGGCACCUUCAGUAACAGACAGAAUAGUAAUAGAUGGAAACGGAAACAGAAAGAAGUGGCUUCUAAAUUCUAAAUGGAUGGAAACAGAAACUAGAGGAGGUGCACGCGAACAAAUGCAGGACUCCGAUGAUGGACCAGAAUGUUCAGACUUGGACUUUACAUAUGUUGAUGCCGACGAACAUGUGUAUGAAAUCGCCGAAUUGUACAGUUAUUCGGAAAAGAGUGAACUACAACUCAACCUUAUGGCAUUUGAAGAUCAAAUGGAAUGGUACAAAUUAAGGCCUUGGUGGCAAACUCUUAAAAGAUCUCAACAGAAAUCUGUAAUCUAUAAACUAUUAGAUCAAUUGGAGAUUUCCAAUAAAGAAUUAAGGAUGACAGCUGCUCGCUGCGUCCUUUAUCUUGCUCAAGGUUGUUGGGCCGAAGUACAAUCUGACAGGGAACAACAAGACUGGACAAGACGAAAUGUUAUGCUAUUGUACGAAGCUGGAGUAUUCGCAGCUUUUGUCGAGUUACUAAACAUUGAAAUCGAGAAUGGUAUCGCAGCAAGUUCGGCCAUGAGAAAAUUAGCUGUUAGCUUAACUGACUCAGUAGAUCUUCGUGUAAUUAUAUCUGUUUUGUAUAUUAUUACUGAAGUUAUGCGAGAGGAAGCAAAAAAUCCUGAUAGUGAAUAUAAGCAUCACGUAGAAGCUUUCAAGGAGGAAAUCAUAAAUCCAUUCGGAGAGGAAUUACUGGCAGUCAAACUUCUGGGUAUGGUUACAACAUUCUGUACUGGGUCAGCACCACAUUUCCCUAUGAGAAAGGUUCUUUUAUUAUUAUGGAAAUUGAUCCUUUUUUCCUUGGGUGGUAUGGAAACUUUGAAGCAAUUGAAAAGAAAGUAUCGUGAAGAAGCUGGGUUAGACAAUCAACAGGAAGACACGAUAGAAGUUGCUAGUGAAAUGCGAUCUAGUACUCCACCGAUAACUGCAACUGAUUUGUUGGAACCACAAAAUCAAAAGAAGCAUAGUCGACCAUUCAGAAGGAACUUGAUGAAGCAGAGAUCAUUAGAUGAGGCGGGCCUUGCUUCAGAUUUUGAAGAUGGAGAAAAUUCUACCAAUGGUUUACAUGUUGAACACAAUGGAGAUGUAAUUAUUUUUAUGUGUACUCCACCUGUGUCAAAUCAGCCACAUAACAAAACUAUUAAAAAUCAGCAGCCACCAAGACCCGACACUCCACAAUCCACUAAAAGUAAGGGUUUACCUUGGACUCCGAAAGUAAGGCAGAAGGAUAUUGACACAUUUCUAGAUGUUUCUAGAUUAAAAUUUGUUGGAUAUAAAUUGGAUGGAGAUAGAGAAAGUUUAGCAGGGCUUCCUCAACCUAUUCAUGAAGGUGUAAACACCCUUAAACAGCACAUGUAUACAUCUUUAUCAGAAAUUCAGAUCCAGAAGGAAGAAGAAAUAGCUAGAAAUCCAUUAAGCACGGUGGAACCUCCACCCCGUCAGACACCUACAGAAAUUUUAUACCAAGCAAUUUUGCCAAAUCUUCCGCAAUACAUGAUUGCACUGUUAAAAGUUUUACUUGCUGCUGCGCCUACUAGUAAAUCUAAAAGUGACAGUAUAAAUAUUAUGGCUGACGUAUUGCCCGAGGAAAUGCCGAUGACAGUAUUGCAGUCAAUGAAAUUAGGAAUUGACGUGAAUAGACACAAAGAGAUUAUCGUUAAAGCCGUUUCCGCGAUAUUGCUGCUUUUGCUAAAACACUUCAAAAUAAAUCACAUAUAUCAAUUUGAAUUUAUGUCUCAACAUUUGGUGUUUGCUAAUUGUAUUCCUCUUGUCCUCAAAUUUUUUAAUCAGAAUAUCCUGGCAUACAUUGAAGCUAAAAAUAUAAUUCCGAUUUUAGACUUUCCUACUUGUGUGAUCGGGGACCAACCAGAGUUAACGAUAGAGAACCUCGAGAUAGGCGACUGUCAAACGUAUUCAUGGCGCAAUGUCUUCUCGUGUAUUAACCUUUUACGAAUCCUGAACAAAUUAACCAAAUGGAAACAUAGCAGAAUAAUGAUGCUAGUAGUUUUUAAGGCUGCGCCAAUUUUGAAACGUACCUUGAAAGUAAGGCAGGCUAUAAUGCAACUAUAUGUAUUGAAGUUGUUGAAGAUGCAGACUAAGUAUCUCGGUAGACAGUGGCGCAAGACAAACAUGAAAACGAUAAGCGCAAUUUACUCUAAAGUGCGACAUCGCCUAAAUGAUGAUUGGGCAUAUGGCAAUGAUUUGGUGGCGCGACCUUGGGACUUACAAGGUGAAGAGUGUGCACUGCGUGCAUGUGUUGAUAUAUUCAACAAUCGACGAUACUCUAAUUUAAACAAAGACGAGGAAUUUGAACCCGUCGAUACAUCGAUUCAGUCCGUGCUAGGCACGAACAUUGAAUUGACGGAUGAGUUCAAACAGCAUUAUGAACUGUGGUUGCAGCAAGAAGUUUUCCAAACAACAAUUAAUUGGGACGAAUUAUUGGAUCCUGCAGCAUGUGAGAUUUAAGUUAUUAUAUUAAGAAAAGAAAGAAAAGUAUGGUAAUCUCUGAUGUCUGAGAAAAUAUUUGUCCAAAUUGUGAAAUUUUGCGGGACUACUAAUGAAUUAUAGUAUGUAUUGCGAAGUGGUGAUAGGACAAUAUGUUCCCAGGACUAUGUCAGGGGUGCACACAUUGCAGUAAUUAAUUUACUUACAUUGCAAAAUUGUAAUAUAAUGAUUAAGAAAUUGGCCGAGCAAUGGGAGUCCUCAAUUUCUAAAUGCCUUUUGUUCUUCAAGGAAACAUACAAUUCUAUUCUGUUCUUUUGUACAUGGACAUAUUUUUAGUUUAAUUUAUUUUGUGCAAUUUCUAUUAUCUUUAUCUGAUAUAUUUCUUAUUUUACAUUAGAAUUUACACUUAAGAAUGUAACCGUACUUGACAAAACGUGCUCUGGUGUAAGUGAGAAUUGUAGAGUGUAAUGCCUCGGUGAGAUUAGCAUUUAGCUUACAUCAUGCAGUCGAUAGGUUUUAAUGGACUACUCCCGUAGCAGACAUUCGUGUACUCAGCGAUCUUAGCGUUUUUCUCGCAUUUUACACAUUUUUUAUCUAGGCUCCGAUUUCAUGUAUAGUUAAUAAUCAGUAAUGAAUCGCAAAGCGAAUAGCAAGCAGCACAUAAAACGAUACACAGUCAUUGGAUAAUGAUCAAAUGAAACAUUAAACCACUCUUGCCAUCAA